AUGACCGUGCUGCAGCUCUCGGUGGUGCUGCUGGCUGUAGCACUUGUUCCUUUAAUAUGGUAUACGACGCUCAUGCCGCACUGGCUGUCGCAGUCAGGCGAGCGCAACGCAACCGUUUACUAUUCCCAAGGUAUGGGUCUUUGGCUCAACUUUACGGAGCAUGUGGGCGAUCCGAGAUUUGAUCCUGGAAACUCGCUUUGGGUUCCGCCGCAAGAAAGCGGCGUUGAUACAUACAGUGCGCAAUGCACUAAACAGCAGCCAUUUUGCAAAAAUGCCGUCGGAGAGUUACACAAGCAGUAUUGCUCAGUAAUGGAAGUAUAUUGUGGGACAGCUGUGACGAUUUUGCAGCUGAUGUUGUCAGUAGUGGCUGGUUGCGCCGUCGUUGUAGUGAUCUGGGCCUUUCAUCUCAUUACUACCAAGCACUGCACCAUUGCAGACCAGUACCUGAUGCACUUGUGUGUCUUUAAUGGUAUUGCACUUUUAACAUCAGCUGUAAUUUGGUACAUUUGUAUGUAUCAACCUAUCAUCAACUCGACUUUCUACAAGGAUCAAUUAAGUCGCUGUUCAGAGAAUAAUUCGGGUCGUACUUGCUGGCAAAUGGGACAUUGCGUAUAUUUAUCGAUCGCAGGCGGCGUUUUGUACCCGAUCUUGGCUGUGCUAGUAAUAUCUCAUGCGACAAACAAGUUUCGACGUUAUCAAGAAUUGCUGCGUCGAUUUUAUGAGACGGAAGCGGUUGUAAAUAAUCCUGUGCGGGUAGUAGAGAUGAAGUCCGAAAUUUUAUCAAGUAUCAAAAAUGAGACGUUUGCAUCAGUAGACGCGACUACAGAUGUCGAGAUUUACCUCGACUCGACCAAGCUCACUUCGCUUCAAAAGCACCCGUCAGCUAUUUUGUCGAGAGAAGUUUCAGUUGAAGACAGUAAAGACAAAACGAAAUAG